AUGGUUCUGGAGCAUGGGCAUCGCCAGUAUGGCGGUAUGGCGUAUGACGGCGUAUACCAGAACCAUGUCCAGUCCAAUCCUCCGCAGUUCAACGAUGCGUGGUCGGCGCAACCAUCCUCUCACCCUCCUGCCCCUGCAUACCCUUCCUCCAUUCCUCCUACGAACCCGAUAAAGCGUGAGGAUGUCCAGAGACCACUCCCACCGGCUCUCUCCAUGCCAUAUUCGAGUGUCCCCGUAUCGGCCCCGUCCAUGGUUCCAAACGGAAGUUAUCCUGCAGUUACCUAUGGCGGUUCAGAUAUCCUGGUGAUGCCCCAAGAUAUGCCCAGAACAUCGUUGGAACAGCAGCAGUCCUCGACCACCACCUCGCCCAUACAUCAAUUCCCUCCCACAUCGUACGGAUCUAUGGAAUAUGCACAUUCACUCCAGCAGCAGCAACAGCAACAGCAGCAGCAGCAGCAGAAUCACCCACAACAACCUCAUCACCCACAUCACCCCGAAAGUAGACCUUUACACCCAGGAUCUCAGCCACACUCUCAAGGUCCUCCCCCACCGAGCACUUUCGGCGAUGCUUUGGAUGCAAGCCGCGGAAUGGUUGCCCUUAGCCAGGAUCUGACUCCAAGAGGAAUCUACCCACCCCGCUCUUCCAGAGGGUCGGCGGAUUCCGCAUCAGUUGUAUCAGUCGACUCUUCUGUUACAGACUAUAGCUCGACAACAUCUGAAUCAUACGAUGGGCUUGCUUCUCGAACACUACCAAGACCAUCCGGUCUCAUGGGCGCGAUGCCACCAGGACCACAGUCGAUGAUGGGCCAGUUCAGCUCCAAAGUGCCAGCAAACACACAGAAGAAGCACAAGUGCAAGAUUUGUGAUAAGCGAUUUACGCGGCCUUCUUCUCUCCAGACGCACAUGUACAGCCAUACCGGUGAAAAGCCGUAUGCGUGUGACGUUGAGGGCUGUGGCCGUCAUUUCUCCGUCGUUUCCAACCUGCGGCGCCACAAAAAAGUACACAAGGGCGAGAAGGAUUCCGGCUCUCCUGAAGAGGAAGAGUAG